AUGCCGAAGAUCAUCGUGGUCGGUGAUGUCAAUGGGCAGCUCACAGACGUAUUCACCAAGCUCGGAAAGUUGCACGCCAAGAAUGCCUUUGCGUUCGCCAUCAUCGCUGGCAAUCUGUUCAGCGACCCGGACCUUGCUACAGAGGAACAGGAUCGAGAACUAGCCAAUCUACUAGGAGGCAACAUCGAGGUUCAACUGCCGACUUACUUCGCACUCGGCCAGAGAGUACUUCCCACUGCAGUGAUCGAGAAGCUCACCAGCGAUGCAGGCGAGCUGUGUCCGAACCUCUUCGUUCUUGGUCGCAAGGUCAAGUCAAAAACAUCAGAAGGCUUCAAGUUGGUCGCGAUUGGUGGUCGACACACCAACGUUGCAGCGGAAGCCAUGCACGAGUACUCUGCGAUCUACACCGACAAAGACAUCGAAAGCGCCAAGGCCUUCGAGGAAGCUGAUAUCCUGAUCACUAGCGACUGGCCAGCUGAGAUCAGGGAUGGUUCAAGAGCUGCCACCGUUCUCGCAGAAGCGCCAGAAGGAGUCCCAGGCAUCGGCGAGCUUUGCACAGCAUUGAAGCCUCGAUAUCAUCUCUCAACAUCUUCACAGUACUACGAACGCGAGCCUUUUUUCCACCAAGGCGAGCAGCCACGAUCAGUGACACGAUUCCUUAGUCUGGCUCCCCUCAACAACCCACAAAAACAGAAGGCCGUGUACGCUUUCAAUCUCGAGCCUUCCGCGCCACCGCCACAGCAGAUCCCCGACGGAUGUACAGCAUCGCCGUUCACCUCUACCAGGAAGCGAAAGCUCGAGUCCCAGGAGGAUAGCUUCAAUGGUUUCCGCUAUUCUCAUGGUGGUAAUGGCAACGGCUACCAAGAGCGACAUCACAAACGCCCAAAGCAGCAGCGCGAGCCUCUCAAGCGAGAAUGCUUCUUUUGUCUUUCCAACAGAGAGACCGAGACCCACAUGAUUACUUCCAUCGCUGACGAUGCCUACAUGACCAUCGCAAAAGGCCCACUCAGCACGAAGAGCACAUUUCCAGGUCUUAAACAUCCGCUGAACAUGCUGAUCAUCCCCUUAUUCCACGCGCCUACCUUCGCUGCUGUCGAGGAUGGGGAGAGCUGCAAGAAGACCAUGGCCGAGAUGCAGCGAUACCGUGAAGCAUUGCAUACUCUGGUAGCAACGAAGAGUACGACUGGCGCAGAAGGAGAAGCCAAGCUAGGUGCAGUCACAUGGGAGAUCAGUAAGGGUAGUGGUGUGCAUUUGCAUUGGCAGUUCAUGCCCGUGCCUGUGGACAUGAUCAAGAGGAGUCUAGUCGAGGCGGCUUUUGAUGUCGAAGCAGAACACCUCUCUUACCCCAAAUUCGCCAAGACAGAAGCUGAGAUCAAGGAAGCGGAAGAAGGCGACUACUUCAAGGUCAUGAUCUGGUCAGAAUCGAUUCAGAAGGAGGUUGUGUUGCCCCUCGAGAAGGGUCUACGAUUCGAUCUGCAGUUUGGGAGGAGAGUCUUGGGCAAGCUUUUGGGACUGGAGAACCGCGCACACUGGCGGGAUUGCAUACAGACAUCAGAAGAGGAAGAACAGGAUGCUAACGCGUUCAAAGAAGUGUUUAAGGAGUACGACUUUACUCUCGAGGAGUAA